AGAAAGGGCCGAUCCUUUUCCUCCCCCAAUUCGAUCUUUCUCCCUCGCUCACGCCCUUGAAGGAAACCCUAGCUUCCAUCGGCGAAGAUGCCGGCGACAGCAGGCCGCGUUCGCAUGCCAGCGAACAACCGGGUGCACAGCAGCGCCGCCCUGCAGACCCACGGCAUAUGGCAGAGCGCCAUCGGUUACGAUCCCUACGCCCCCACCAACAAGGAAUCCGCGAAGGGCUCCGCCCACCCCGGCGAGGACGAAUCCGCUGCUUCCGCGGAGAACGCCUACGCCAAUUUCCAGGGUCUCCUCGCUCUCGCACGCAUCACCGGCUCGGGUUCCAACGAGGCCCGCGGCGCCUGCAACAAGUGCGGCCGUGUUGGCCACCUCACCUUCCAGUGCCGCAACUUCCUCAGCGCCAAGGAUGCCGCCGCUGCCGACAAGGACAAGGACGCCGCGGAGGCCGCGGCCACUGCCGCCUUCGAGCAGAUCAAGAAGACCAACGGACUCAAGGCCGAAAGCAGCGAGGAGGAGGAAGAAGAGGACAGCGACAGCUCUGACUCUGACGUGGAUCCGGAGAUCGAGAAGAUCAUCGCCGCACGAUUUGACAAGAAGUCUAAGAAGAGGACAGCGGACAAGAGGGAGGGCGAUUCUGAAGACAAUAAGCACAGUCAGCGGCGAAGAGGAAGAUCCAAGAAGAGGAGCGAUAAGAAGAGGUCGGGCGGAGACAGUGAGUCCGAUGAAGAGGACGUAAAGAGGAAGGAGAAUAGGAAGAGGAGGCAUAGGGGUUCCUAUGAUGAUGACGAGGAUGAUGAGGAGAAACGUGGGCAUAGGCACAGGAAGAGUAGGAAGGAUAAGAAGAGGAGGAGGAGCCACAGGAGGAGGGAUGAUUCUGAUGACUAUGAUGAUGACUCAGAAGAGGAGUCCAAUAGGCAUCACCGCCACCAUCAUAGACGGAGGCAUGGGCGCAGGGAUGACUCUGGGAGUGAUUCUGGUGAUGAGGAUAGUGAGUCAUCUGAUGAUCGCAAGAGGAGGCACCAUGAACGCAGGAGGAAGAGGAGGGCAUCUUCUGAGAGUGGUUCGGAGAGCACUCGAUCAGAAGACUCACGCCGGAGAAAGGGGAAGAAGCACUCCAAGGAUAAGAGCAGGAACCACAAGCAUGAAGAGAAGAAUUGAGGUGGUCAGUGGCAAUCUUCUUACACUAUUAAUGCACUAUUUCAUUUACUGUAUGUUCUUGUGGACAUUAUAUGUUUGUGAACUUCAUUAAAACUUAGUUUGAAAUGGUUUCUGUUAUGCUAAGACCUCAGCCAUUGUUACUGAGUGGAUGUGUAAACUUUAAAUUUGCCUUGAUCAGGCUAUAUUGUGUAUGAUGAUUGUGUAAUUUAGUGUUUUCUUGUGCUUGAA